CUUAACGGAAGAAGUUUUUCAAUCCAUAGUUAACAGUUUAACGCUAAUGAGGAUUAAGUCAUUGAGCAUUCUAGGCGAAGAAGUCUAUGGAAGUGCCCUAUUAUUUCAAAAAAAUUGGUCCGUAUCUAGAAUAUUUGGAGAUAGAAAUCAAGAAGAUUCUGCGAGGAAAGGUCUUUGA